CACGUGUUUCUGUUUCGUUGAUUUUUGGCGCCUUCGCGCGAAAGUAAAUUGUAUUCUCGUGUGAAUAAAAGUGUCAAGCAUGAUGGGAAUUGUGUAAUGUUCUUUAUUUGUGGUGUUUUAAUUGUGAUAGCAUCUGUUUACGCAGUUUUUAAAUGGCAUAAGGAUCAAGAGGUGUCGGAAAAAAUGUCAAAAAUUCCAUUAGCGUCAAUUCGGCCAACGCACCAAGACGUCGAAUUUUUGACUGAUGAUGAGGACGAUUUUGAACCAAAGCCUACUGUAUCAAAAUUUAAUCAUAAUAAAUUAGAAGAUUCGAGAUCCAAGUUUCAGACAAUCCUGAAGCUUGGAAAAAGAAAAGGAGAUUUUAACUGGAACUCCGGCAAAAGUGUCCUUUCGAAGGGAAUCAAACGAAAGAAUGAAAAAGAAGGUGGGUCGAACGUGAUAGAGAUAACAGACGAUGAAAGUGAAGAUAUUUCGCCGAAAAAAGAAAAUGUUCUACCUGAAUCUUCUGCACAAUAUCAUACGUCUCCAAUCAAAAUCGAGGCUCCAAAAGAGGUUUUAAUACAUCAUCGGUUAAUGAUCUCAUCAGUUUCUGUCGAUUUCCCAGUGAGACCGUAUCCUUGUCAAACAGCUGUGAUGAGCAUGCUGAUCAAGGGAUGUACGAAUAAGCAAAACUGCCUCUUGGAAAGUCCGACUGGGAGUGGAAAAACUUUGGCUCUUUUAUGCAGUUCCCUUGCCUGGCAGGAUAACUACGCACGUUUUGACUGAUCUACAAGCU